AUGCAGAAGAUCGACCAGUGCAAUAUUAUCUUCGACUUCAACGACGCGAGCAGCCAUGUGGAAUCCAAGGAGAUCAAGAGACUUGUACUUCACGAGCUCCUUGACAGCAUUACUUCUAACACGCAAUUCAUGAGGCCAUACAUGUACUCGAAAGUAUUCGACAUGUUGGCGAGAAAUCUUUUUCGACCCUUACGACCACCCAUGUCGAAUACCCCGUCUGGGGUCUUCGACCUCGAGCUGGACGCACCAGUUUUCGAGGUUGCCUGGCCCCACAUCCAGAUCAUCUACGAGCUCUUCUUGUGCUUCGUAAGGAGCGACGAUUUCGAGGCAGAUGUUGCCAAGGAUUUUGUCCAACAGGGCUUCAUUCUCCAGCUUCUAGAGCUCCUCGACUCUGAAGAUCCCCGCGAGCGAGACUAUGUGAAGAACAUCCUUCACUCCAUUUAUGUCAAAUUUUCUACUCUACGAUCUUUUAUUCGGCGGUCUAUUAACCACAUUUUCCUCCAAUUUACAUACGAGACACAAAGGUUCAACGGCAUAGCUGAACUACUGGAAAUCAUGGGCUCUAUUAUUGCCGGCUUCUCCAUACCCCUGAAAGAGGAGCAUAAGACACUCCUGACUUGUGUCUUACUCCCCCUCCACAAACCUACGAUCCUUGGCAGGUACCAUCCCCAGCUGUCCUUCUGCAUCGUUGGAUUUCUGCAAAAGGAUGCAACACUUGCUGAGUCUGUAAUCCUCAGACUGCUACGUUUCUGGCCCAAAGUCAGCAGCACAAAGGAGAUCCUCCUCUUGAAUGAAGUCGAAGACAUCUUCAAAGUCCUGGAUUCUGCCGAAUUCUUCAAAGUCCAAGUACCUCUCUUCCGCCAACUUGCCAAAUCCAUGACUAGUCCACACUACCAAGUUGUCGAGCGUACAUUGUGCUUAUGGAACAGCGCACAUUUCUGCGAGCUCGUCACCGAUAGUGCGGAGGUUAUCCUUCCAAUCAUGUUUGGGCCUCUUUUUGAAACCUGCGAGUUUUAUUGGAACAGGUAUAGUAGACUCAACUCGAGGUGUUGGCAGACUUGUUGCUUACAUGACCAGAGGGAUUUGCAGUAG